AAGUAGAGGGAUCUAAGACUGGUAUUGUUCUGCAUGCUGUUCUGUAAAGCAGACCAAUACGUUACUGGAAUAUUUAUCAGAAGAUUGCUAAGGUCCUGGCAGUCAGACAAGAGAAUAAAUUGACUGCUGUCAAGCGAAAUUCAAUUUCUUCAUGGAGGUAUCGUAUUAUGCAACAGAUUAUCCAGAUUACCAAUUUAAUGACUCUUUGGAUGAUUUCGAUUAUGUCUCUAAAAGUCCGGAUGCAAAAUAUGAGAUGAAUCACAUAAAUAUUGUAUCAACUGUACUUUACAGUAUAAUAUUUCUUCUUGGAACCAUUGGAAAUGGCCUUGUCAUUGGUAUCAUUGCAUUAAAGUUGAAAAAAUCAGUCAAUACCAUUUGGCUUUUUAACCUGGCAAUUGCUGACUUUUUAUUCACAUUUUUCUUACCUUUAACUGUGACCUAUGUAUCUAUGGAUUACAACUGGAUAUUUGGAAAAGCCAUGUGCAAACUGAAUUCUUUUUUGCUUAUUUUGAACAUGUUUGCCAGCAUACUCCUGUUGACUAUUAUAAGCCUGGAUCGCUGUAUAUCUGUAACACUUCCAGUCUGGUCCCAAAAUCAUCGUUCUAUUAAAUGGGCCAGAAUUCUCUGUGCAGUGACCUGGAUUUUUGCCUUUUUGCUGGGUUCCCCUUCCUUAAUUUUCCGUGACACUACAAAUAGAAACGGCAAAACAGUUUGUUUCAACAACUUUGCAUUCUUAGCAAAAAAUCAUUACCAGGAAUCAAUACAUAAAGCUGUUACUUUUGUACGAUUUCUGUUUGGCUAUACUCUUCCAUUAAUAGUGAUUAUAUCAAGUUACAUCAUUAUUGUCUACAAACUCAAGAAAAAUCAUAUCACUAAAUCUUCAAAACCUUUUAAGAUUAUAUUUAUCAUCAUUCUGGCUUUCUUCAUCUGUUGGACACCAUACCAUGUGAUGCAUAUUUUGGAAUUUAAAUUAAAUCAGAUACCCCUCUCCAUAUUUCGUAUUGGCUUUCCAUUUGCAAAUGUUCUGGCAACCGCCAACAGCUGCAUUAACCCUAUACUAUAUGUCAUUUUGGGCCAGGAUUUUAAAAAGUUUAAAAUGAGCAUUUUAUCCAGACUUGAUAAUGCUUUAAGUGAAGAUACAAUGCACUCAAGAUUCACACAGAGGAGCUUUUCACGGGUUUCUUCAGUUCAAGAAAAAGAGACAAUAUUACACUGAUAUUUUCAGUAUUUCUGACAUAAAAAUUAAUUUCUGUGCAAUAAUUAGAUUACAUAAUUUGGGAGCAAUGCCUGAACUUGGUAAACCUUUACUUUAUCCUCUGCCUGUCUAGUUCAAUAUAUAAGAGAUUACAAAUGAUGAAUUAUAAGGUUUAAUUUAAAUUAUAAAUAAAUGAUUAUAGGUGGGGUGGUGCAAUUUUUUAGCAAAAAUAAAAAGAAACAGUAUUUUAGAAGAUGAAUAAAUGUUUAUGAAAAUUAUGAAAUGAAAGAAUAAUGUUCUUUAUAGAUUAUGUUUUUACUUAUUAUAUUGUGGACUUUUCUCUAAACAUUCUUUGUACUUUUUCAGAGUGGAUUCUUAUCUAAAGUCGAUUACACUGUCAGUCAGGAGUAAAACGUGUAUAUUGGCACCUUAGCACUAUAUUGCAAAUGAUCUGCACAUGAAGGAAUUUUUUAAAAACAUUUAAGUGGUAGUUUUUUUUACUAUGUGGAUAGUUAAAGUGGGAAGUUCAAAAAUCCAAAUUAGAGGACCCCUUAGUAAUUUUAUUAAUUAAUUCUGAGUAAUGUUCCUUCAUGUAUUUAUAUGUUUGCAUGAAAAAACUGAUGUAUAUAAAGAUACACAUAUAUUAAUUAAUAUCAAUUAUCAAUAAAACAGAGAAAAAGGGGGGUGCUAACUGUCAGUCAUAAGUAGAAGCAAAAGAAGGAGAAAAGUUUGGGGACAACAUCUACUUCUAUAGUUGCUAUUAUAGCGAUAUUGGCUCAUUUUUUGGGUUUUUACCCUGAUGUAUACCGUAGUCACACAGAACUGUGCUUACUUUUGCUCCAAUAUUGCAUUUUGUAGAUACAUUGUGGCGGGGUCAAUCCCCCUUUUUAGGUCAUUUUCCUUGCAAUUCGUGAGCUUGUACUUUGUUUGCACUGAACUGCGUGGCUUACGGUUUCUAAUAGUAUUUAUAUUUUCUUAGUGGAUGUUGUUACCCUGUGUACGUAUUUAAUCUAAGUUUUAAUGCACUAACACUGUAUUCACAAUAUUUUAAUCUACCUUUAUUAAAUGUUAAGUUUUAUUAGAUCCCGGAUUCAGGUGAUCUUCCUUAUCAACACAAUUAUACAUUAUUAUUUCAGUACUCAUGAGUGUUGUUAUACUGUCAUUUUUCUCCUUCUUUUGCUUCUAGUUUUUUUUACUAUAAUUUGCAAUGUUUUGCACUCCAGGAACACACCCUUUGAAAAGCCUCUUGAGUGUUGUUUAUUAUAUAUUUUCUGCUGUCGCCUAUUGCAGACAGAUAUAAUUGUCUCCAAUACAAGCGAUAACUCAAGGCAGCUGACAACAAUCAUAUAAACUGAAUGCUACACUUUUUCUUAACAGCUAAAUAUGUGUCAUAAUAUUAACAUAUUUUCCAGCAGUGCUUAGAUUUAUAUUUUGAAGCCCAUUUAUUCUUCAAUAAAUUAAUCACUUAUGUGCUCUAACUCUGUUUCUCUGUGACAUCCUUAAAUGGACAUUGUACUAUAAAAUGGUAUCCCCCUUUAAUAUGUUCCCAAUGGUUCAGUUUACCUGCUGGUAUCUAUUUAAUUUAUUGCAAACAGCUCCUUUAUCUUUAUUUUGUUAUUUUAAAUAUAUACCAUUGCCUGUUGUUUCCUGUCUAUACUGAGAAUAUGAGUAACAUAUGUUUUAUCUUUAGAAAAACUAGGUAAACAGGAGACAAAAACACUAAUUACCUCCUAGUGGAAGAUAGGAGGAAGAGAGAGAUUUUGUAUCCAAAAUAGCUGGUUGUGUUCAUUCAAUUCCAGCUAUAAUUACCAUUUCUAUACCUAGCAUAGAUAGCAUUAGCAGGUCGACUUUACUUGCAGGCUUAGCCCAUUGUUUUCGACAUGCUCUGGGGAGCAACAGAUUAAUAUUUUAAUGAUUAAAAGCAGUUAUUUCAAAUACAAAAUAAACAUGAAGAAACAGUUUUCCAUAUAUUUAACAGUUGGUAUAACAAGAGACAGUGUAUUUUAAAAUUUGAUUUUCCUUAUAGGUUUCCAAUAACAAUAAUAAUAAAUUGUUCCUUUAGGUUUUUUUUUUUAACAUGAACUAGCUGGUUUUGCUCUUUUAAACCACAACCCAUUAAUAUUGGAUGAGCUUGCAUGGAUAUAAAAUCUCCUUACAUUAUCACUCCCCCCACCCCCCCAAAGCCUUCUAUGGUAUUUAUGGUAUCUCUACUUAGUAGAAAUGUGCAGCCAAGAAAAAAAAAUUGGAUGAAAUUUUCAUUCCUAAUAUCCAGGGACAUUUGUUUCCUCUAAUAUUCGGUGGCUGCACUAUUCGGUAUUUGUUUUGUUAAACAUUUUAAAAUGAAUGUAAAUGGUUCAAAGCUACAGGUGAAAGGUUCCCAUGUAGUUACAAUACUUACCUUAAUAUGCUCUGUGGAGCAUGGAGAGCGCACUUAAGUAAGUGUUAACCCCUAAAAAUAAUAAUAAAAUAAACAUAUGAAUACUGAAGGUUUUUCUCAAAUGUUUUAUUUUAUGAUUUAGACAGAGCGUGCAAUUUUAAAUAACUUUCCAAAUGAAUUCUAUUAUCUAAAUAGUUGUGUUCACUUAGUAUAAUAUCCCUUGUUGAAAAGUAUACCUAGGUAGACUCGGAAGCUGCUGAUUGGUGGCUGCACAUAAAUGCAUCUUGCCAUUGGCUUCCAGCUCACUGACAGUAGUAGGAAAACCAAGAGAAUUAAGCAAAUUAAAUAAUAGAAGUAAACUGGAAAGUUGUUAAAAUUGUGUGUUCUAUCUGAAUCAUGAGAUACAUUUUUUUAGGUUUCCUUAAAACAAAACGAGGGACAUGAAAAAAAUAAAUAAAGGGACAUAAAACCCAAGUUUUUUCUUUCAUUAUACAGAUAGAGCAUACAAUUUUAAACCACUUUCCAAUUUACUUCCAUUAGCUGGUUUACUUCAUUCUCUUUGUAUCCUUUGUUGAAUAGCAUAGCUAGAUAGGCUUGGGAGCUUGAAGCUAUCGGCUGAUUGGUGACUGAACUUGUAUACCCAUUUUCAUUGGCUUACAAAUGUGUUCAGCUAGCUUCUAGGAGUGCAUUGCUGCUGCUUCAAUAAAAGCAAAAUUGAUAACAGAAGUACAUUGGAAAGUUGUUUAAAAAUGUAUAAUAUAUCUUAAUCAUGAAAGAAAAAAACUGGGUUUCAUGUCCUUUUAAUUUUCUUUGAGCAUUCAUUUAGAUUUUUGUUUCCUUAAAACAAAACAAAAAUCUGAUUUCCUUGACCAAUGUGCAUUCAUCUGAAAACAAAUGCACAACUAAAGCUUAACAUCCCUAUUACCCUCAAUGUAGAGCGUAAUUUAUUCUCCUGGUUAUGUUUACUCUGCUUUUUCAGUAUAGGUGGGGAUACAACAGGCAAAAACUGCAAUUUCCAAUGACAAAAUAAAGCUAAAUAAUUUAUUUGUCAAUUAAAUAUUCUCCAACAGGUAAAUAGAUAAUUGGGAACACUUUAAAGAGGAGAACAUUUUAUAGUACACUGUCCCUUUAAGCAGAAAUACAUUUUAUAGUCCAGUGUCUCUUUAACAAAGGCCCAUAAUUGUCCUUAUAACUGGGUGGAGAAUCUCUCUUAUUAUUUAAUAACAAUGGGCAUUAUAUUUUAAAGUCAGUUUACUUUGGACCUGAGUAAAGAAGUUUGAAUGUAAAAGCUAAAUAUAUAACUGGUGAUUUUAGUCAGUAGAAAUAAAUGACUUAUUUGUACAGAUGAUUAUACUGAUAUCAGUUAAUUGGAUUCUCAGGCCAAUGGCAAAAGCAGUAUGAGAAAAUAUAUAUAAAAAAACUAAUCCUUCAGACAUGCUUUUAUAUAAUGUGUACUUACUGUAUAUACAGCCUUUUGUCAUGCUGGGUUUGAUUACACACAACUUAUAAAGAGUCUGAAGAUUUAUUUUUUUCCAUUAAAAUCAUCUUUGAGAUUUUUAGUGAUUUUUUUUAAACUCCUUUUCAAUAUUGCCAAAGGCAUCCAUUAAAGAUUACAGGAUCCAACAAAGUGAGAUUUUAAAUGCAACUUUGCAGAGAGUCAUUCAGUCUUAUUUUUUUUAUUUUUUUUGUAGCACUUGGGUGUAGAAAAGCUUAAUAGAAAUCUCUGCUGACCUUGAAAAACGUGUCUGUCACUUGCACAUACUUUGUUGUAGCUUAGGAAACAAUCUGUUUUAGAUGUUAUAGUAAGAAUCUUGUCAAGACCAAAAGUAACUAUUAAUGAGUUACACAAAAUGCUCAAAUGAUGUAACAGAAAUUCAUAUAAAUUACAUAUUAUUAAAAAUGUUAAAGAUC